GAGAAACAGUCAUUUUCUGAGCUUGUCCUACGAUGAACUGUUAUGUGCGAGCUUUUAAACUAUUGAACCUUCGAAAACGUAUCACUACAUUUCAGCGUUCUUUUAUCCGUUCCUAUUCUUUAUGUGGAGAAACUACAACAACUUUGUUUUCAAGGCAGUAUAACGAAAAACGCAACUUAACCUUUGAAUCUCAAACUUUUGUUAAAGAGGAUCAACGCUGGUUAAAGGAAACUUUUAAAAAGGGUGAAAUACCUCGCCUACUUGAGGAAUUUGAUAAGUUACCUGUAAAAUACCAGGAGGGUCUAUUGGAUUUAUGCUGUCGUAAAGGAGACAGGGAAAAUGCACUCUACGUCUUUCGGCGCCUUUUAGAAAGCCAGGGCAACGAAGAGCGGUUUUUUUCUCGUUAUGCCUCUUUUCUGGCUUCAUAUGAAACACACGAAAAUCUUUACAAAUUCUUCACUUCUAUUCCUCCGGAGGUUAAGCUUCGCCCACGUUUUCUAAUUGGCAUCCUUGAGCAAUAUGCAUCCCGGAAUUGGGCCGAGGAGGGAUUCCAGUUUUAUCGCGCUUUAAUAACACCGAACAUGCUUACUGCGGAUCUUCUGGCAUCUUUGUUCAACUUUUUUAGUACAUUCGAAGGCUCUCUGGUUGAUGAAUAUGCUGAUAAAAUACUAAGGAUUACUAUGAGUGACGCUCACUACAACGAGCUUUUUACCCGCGUCGUCGCUACCGCCUUGUCCAAGUUUUUUUCUAGCGGAGCCCACUUUGGUCAUAGUUGGUCUGUAGAGCAUUCAGUUCCUGACUUAGGUAAGUGCACGCGUUGCGGAAUUUUAUUGAAACCAAACCAUUUCAAAGACGCAGACCGCGAAAUACUUUACUCUUACGUUAGGAAUGUUCUCCUCAAGUGCAUAGGAUCCUCAGCUCUAACAUUAUUUGAUGAUUUUCUGAAUGGAAUCAGUCCGGACACUGUGGUAGACGGCCCGAACGUUGGCUACCUUUUUGGUAGGCAGUUAAGCAGGGCCACCCAGCAUUCCUACUUUUCCAAGGCCGGGUUAAACUGGGUUGUGAAGCAUUUGCAGUGGACAGGCCGCCGGCCGGUAGUACUCCUCCGUUCCCACUUAGCUAAGUCCUACUGCAAGACAAGCGAUCCACUACCGAACGUUUACGUGGUUCCGAAUUCGGUCCACGACGAUCUCUUCUGGCUCUACGCCAGUUUGAAGCGGCCUUGCGAUGUAGUUACGCAUGAUCUGAUGAGGGAUGUCCGCAUGAAGCUGCCAGUCACCUAUAGAAGUCUCUUUUUGAAGUGGCAACGAGCUCACACGAUCUGUGUCCAAUUGAAAGGAACCUCCUUUACGUUUAAGCAUCCUCCCAAUUAUGAACUCUCGCCCCAGCACCACGAGGAGAUGGGUUGCUACCACUUUCCCGUGGCGCCCUUCGAACUCGGCGUAGAAUACAGCACGCCGGUUCCGAGGGUCUGGCUCUGUGUGGUGCCCAAGUAGCAACGCGUACACUCAUUAUGCGCUCUUUACCCCUCAAACCGAUUAAAAAAUGUA